AUGCGAAAUGAAGGUGGAGGUUUUUCUCAGUCUGCAAAGUUGUUAGCUUUUCACAAUUGGGUGUCCGAAAUUUUAAGAAAUGGAAAAUGGGUAGGAGAAGACGAGGAGAAAGAAGAACGGAAUGAGAAGCUAGUCGUUACGUUGUUCCACCGGCAGCGGGUGUUGGUGGUGGUGGUGGCGGUUGUGGUGGAUGUUUUGUGUGAUGAACCUAUGUUUGGCGGCGGAGUAAGGUGGUUGCGCUCCUCCGAGCGAUUCAAGUUUCUUGCUACGUCAUUCUCCACGAACGCAAGGACCCGUUAUUCCUUCUGUACAUCAACUAGAAACAGUAACAACAGCAACAACGACAACAAAAACAUCAUCGUCGAUGAAAGGUAUCGAAUGCUGGAGAAUCUCGACAUGAUGACUGCUGCUAAGAUCCUUUUCACUGAUCCCCCCAAGAAGAAGAAGUUUGGGUUUGAUUUCCAUCUUGUACAGUUUUUUUUCGCCUGCUUGCCUUCCUUGGCUGUAUAUUUGGUGGCACAAUAUGCUCAUUAUGAAAAGAGAAAAUUGGAAGUGGAUAUGGCAAACAGAAGGAAGCUGAAGGAAGAAGAAGAAGCAAAGGAAAAAGAAAAAGAAAUGGAAUUAAAUCCCCAAGAGGAAAAUGAAGAAAAAUCUGAUCCCCAGCUUUCAGAGUUGAAAGUGAGACUUGAGAAACUUGAAGAGGCUGUGAAGGAGAUUGUUGUUGAAACAAAGAAACAAUCAAGUAGCAACGUAGCCAAAAAUCAGGUGACAGAUGAUGAGAAAAAACACUUAAAUUCUUCUGCACCAAAGGACCCUAGUCCCACUGAUUCUGCAUCAAGUAAAGCUGACGACGAAGACCAUUUUGGUAAGCAUAAUUCUCCCAAGUCAAAGCCAGAAUUACGUGAAGAUAACAAGGGUUCAGUUGCAACCCCAAAUCCUUCUCUUCAGGAUCCCAAAGGCCAGAAUAAAAGUGGAGGGGCUUCUUAA